AUGUGUGGCUGUAGAGCAAGCGUUCCCGGCACGAAGCAGUACUCGGUCAAUCAGCCAGCUCCUGCUUCCACCAAAAAAAGCCCUUCGGCUGCAGCAGGCAUGCCCAAGCGCAUACCUAUAGCCAAGCAGCUGGCAUCAAUAAAAGCUCUAGGAAAAGGCUCAGACCUUGAAAAAACUUUUGCUACUGCGGCUUUGGUGUAUAACAACUCUGCUGACCCCGAGGGCAAGCUCAGCAAAGCUGAAACCAAAAGCUUGCUGCAAACCCAAUUUCGGGGUUUCAUACAGGGCCAAGAAAACAAACCAAAAUACCAGGAAAUAAUUUCUGCCCUGGAUGAGGAGUCGGAGAACAAAAUUGAUUUUGAAGAUUUCAUGAUCUUGCUAGUCAGUCUCACUCUGAUGUCUGACCUACUGCAGGAGAUCAAAAAUGUGAAAACCACAAAAUGA